AGACGUGCUAACUCAAGACACUCUGGCACAGUCAGAUAUUGUAUCAGACCCGCCCGCGGCACAUCAAUGGGCAGCCAGCUGUCUGUCUACACAGAGAAGGUCGCGCGGCCCUCCGCGGAGGCUGACCAGAAACCGCCCGACGUCGUGAAUCAGGACGGGGGCCAUGCUGCGAGGAGCUCGCCCGGGCUGGACGACGAGCCAAUGUCGCCAGUCAUGUCGCCGGCCAUGACGCCAGCCAUGACGCCAGCCAUGACGCCGGCCAUGACGCCAGCCAUGACGCGGAGGAGCCAGAAGAGUGGCCUGGCGCAGGUUGAGUGGAGGGAGUAUUCCAUUACACUGAAGUGGUUCUUCCACCCCUACGCUAUGGCAAUACUUUGCGUGCAGAACGCGUUCUAUAUGGUCAACACCGUUAUCCCGAAUAUAUCGUGGCUCGGUUUCAUCUUGACGUAUUGCAUUGCGAUCUUUCCGAGCAGGCCUUGGUACGCAGUGGUCGUGGCCAUGACUGGCAUCGUGCCGAGGUGGGCUACAAUCGUCGGCGGCGUGCUGUUUGCUAUAUUGUCGGCGGCGGCGUGGUACAUGAAGAGGACGGGGACCAUAGGACUGGUGGUGGGACUGGUGGUAUGGACCGCCCUGGUGUUCAAGUGGGUGAAAAAACGUUGCUUCAUGCUGGCGUUCGUCGUAUGGCUCCUGUUCGUGCAAUCUGCCAUAGUCAUGAUCCUUACAUACCACCACAAGAUCGUCGAUGUCUUUGGUCUGGAAGGCGCCGCAGCAGGCCUCGUCUUGCCAGUUGCCGCGGCCGUGUACUCCGGCGGGGGAUUCACCACAAUGUGUUGGAUCCUGAAUCAUUGUGACACCGAGGGUGUCCCGAAUGUCGUCUUCUCCCUGUAUGUCUGCGUGGUUGUCGGGACAACGCAGAUUCUCCAGCUUUCGGGCUUGGUGGAAGCCGCGAAAUAUGACGACAUCGAGGCCGGCCUCAAGCAAAUGGCUGUCACGGUAGUAGUUGCUACCGCCGGAGAUAUUUGGAAAAGGGCUGUCCUUAGUGGGCGGUUCUUGAGCGCGGUGACUGGAGGGAAGCUCCCAUGCGUCAUUGAUGCUGAGCGGGAUGUGUUCAUCCGAUCCGGUUACUUCGUCGAUUUCACAGUGUUGCCGUCUUUUCUUUUCAUCGGUGUGUGGUGCUUAGCCAUUGGAGUACCCUUUGCCCAGCGUCCCCUCUUCUGGAUAUCCUUCCCUAUCUUCGUCCUCAUGUCUUUGUUUUCAGAUCUUGCCAUGUUCAUCGUUCACCGAAUCUACUACCCGGUGGAAAAUGAGACCUUCAUGCAGACGAUACUUCGCUUGCAAGAGCCGGGGCAGAAUUUCCCUGCCCUCCAGAUCGAUAAAGGCCGAAGGUUUGAGCACUAUAAGAAGACCGGUCAGUUCCGCAGCUUACAGGCUGAAGCGAGGAACUCUGGGAGAGUCUCGCAGCACGACACUAGCAUCUGGCAGGCCACAUGGAGCCAGCAUCCCAUUUUCCACGACGAACUCGUCUGCAUCAUAGGAUUCAUGGUCCUGAUGGCCAACAUGAGCAGGAUAAGCUUCACCGCCUUCUUCGGCCAGUGUGGCAUCACCGUGGCGGAGCACCUGUGUGCGGACUUCGGGCCGGCGGAUAUGGAUCCGAGGAGUGCAAUGCGGCCGAGCAGUGUGGUGGUGCAUAACCAAGCGCGUCAUCGCGCGUUGUGGCCUUCUGUUUUCAUGCGUUUCACUCCUGUUGAGGCCUCGCUGGCACAGGUCUUGCUAGAGUCAGCCAUCUGCAUUUGGUCGGCUUGAUUUCUUAGUUACAGCAUUUUGAUGUAGUGCUUGCCCAGCUGAUGUGUCAAGCUUCUAGCCUUGAUGCGCCUGGCAAGUUGCCGCGACAGCAACGGCGAAGAUUGGUUCCGUUCCUGUCGCAAUGUGCAGACGCACCAAAUACUUCAAUACAUGAUAUCCGAGUUGCGAGCCCCUUCUUGGCUGCAACGUCGGGAGCGCACAAAGAUAGCGCACGCCGAUUCGGAGUAGCCCGAUUACUGCUGUGGCCGUGGUAGUCUCUUUUUUGAGUUCGAAGUUGGGCAUCGGCAUGUGACACUUCACGGCAUGUGUAUGUGUGUAUGUGCCGACUGAACUUGCAGUGUCCCACGACAUGUGCCUCAUCGCUAGACCACUCCACCAAGGCUUCAGCAGUGCUGACACGCAUUGUGAAGAGCGCGUGGCUCGUACUUUUGCCAGUGGCGCGCACGCUUACACGGAGGGUUCGGGGUAACGUUAU